AUGAGACCUGCACCGCUUCUCCAUGGUAUUGCCAUGGCUGCCUCGAUUCGGCUGGCUGAAAACCUUGAGACUGGCAGAGUUGCUACUACUGCCUGGGAUGACUCUGGCAGUCGAAUCAUCGCACUAUCAUGCUCCGACACUGUGCAGCUUGGUAAUCAGACAGUUACCUUCCACGCAAAGAAGGACGCGUCCGGAUAUUUCACCAUUGGGGAUGACACGUUCCCUAUUGAAGAAGAUGAUAGUACCGGCGUCUUGUGCUCCCGCAUGUAUAACAACGAGCAUGCGCGUGCCGAGUGCAUUCUAUCGGUACCUCUUAUCGAAGAGCUCAGUACCAUCGCUCCAGAUAGUGUUCUUGAGUGUUUUGCCGACUCGAAAGACCCUGACAGAUUUCGAUGGCAGCCUAUUGACGUCGAUAGCCAUGAGCCUAUGAAUGGCGACAACGGAGAUGAAAAUGACACUAUGGGCCAACGAAGACACCUUGGGCGCCGUCAGGGCUGUCAAACUGGCAUCGCUCAGAUUCAGUGGCCUGGAGUGGCGCGUAACCCCCGUAAAUGGCGGAGACACCAGCAGCUGACUCCGUCUCUGGACUGCAUGAGUGCAGCAACAUGCACAACCAGCGUUAUAAGCAGCAGGACUAUCACCCACAGCGCCUCAGUCGGAGCCGCCAAGUUCAUCAGCGCUGGUUACAGCGUGGGCAUCAGUCAGACGUCAGGUUUCUCCCUCAGCUGCACGGCCAAUCGCAACCAGAGAGUCUGCGUCAAACAUUGGUCACGAUAUCAACAGUACGAUGUUCGCAGAAAGGCGGUUCUAUGCGGUAGGACACUCACUGAUGAGAGGUACAAUAUCCGGGCACCCCUGAAGGAUCAGCAGAGACAUAGCACGCACUACUGCGCGACGGGGACAAACAACUGUCUUAGCGACGGAUGGCUGCACUGGGAGGACAUGGGUGCUGGUGUCCAUGGUGGCGCUUAG